CUCUACUCACGACCCCCCUCAUCGCAUCCAACUGGUCUUUCUGAUCACAUAAUUGUCCGCUCUUCUUCCAGACUCCCCUCUGACCUUCCGCUACCAUGGCUAAUGUUAACUGGCGGACCAUCAACAUCGAUGCUUUGGACCCCGACUCCCCCGCCAACUUCGACCUCAGCACCCUCACUCCCGACGUCACCCCAAUCUCGUCCGCAGAUGUUCAGUCACUCGCAGGUCAAAUACGGCAACUUCUUCGAGGUGGAGAUAAUCAAGGCGCGCUACAAGGAGCUCUAGAGAACGUUCCAUAUGGAGCUGACGAGAAGGGCAAGGACAUCCAUCUCGCUACCGUUCUGGAGAUUCUCCAGUCUAUCCGACAAGCAGAUAUGUCGCCCAUUCUCAGCCAAAUAUACAGCGCACCUGGUGGCACCGAAGCACUCGAUGUGUUGAUGAAAUAUAUCUACAAGGGCAUGUCGCAGACAAGUGCCGGCAGCACAACAAAGAACGUCACGCCCCAGGCGACCGGCUUCUCACAAAUACACGCGCGUGGCGGUGGCGAGGGCGGUGGUCAGGCCAUGAGUGUGCUUUUGAGCUGGCACGAGAAGCUUGUGGAAAUAGCAGGUCCUGGGUCGAUUGUCCGGGUAAUGACAGAUCGCCGCACUGUUUGAACAUGUGAAUAGCUAGCUAUCCAGUCAACAUCAGAGUGCGCCAGGGAAUCCGAAAACCGAGGUUAUGAUCGUUUACGGUCAGACGCCGGCGCAAUCCCACGAAUCUACGAUACAGACGGCGAAAAAGCAACUUGCAGAAUGAAACACUCCACCUGGGAAGAUAUACUAUCAUUUUUAGCUGACGAACGUCGUCGCGGUCUCUUGCAUCACAGCGACUCAAUACGGAGUACACGUAUCCAAAUUUCUUCCUGCC